GUUAUCGCUAUGAGUUUUAUUGAGUAUGGCAAAACGAUAAAAGAAGGCGACACUGCGAUCGUCUUCCUGGGCCACGAGUCGAUGUUCCCGGUGAAAGUGCAGCAAGGCGGUAAAACUCAGACCAAGUAUGGUGUGAUCAGGCACUCCACCGACCUGAUCGGGAAGCGGUACGGCUCCAAGGUGACCUGUAGCAAAGGGGGCUGGGUGUACAUUCUUCACCCAACGCCGGAGCUGUGGACCCUGAAUCUGCCCCACCGAACUCAAAUUCUGUAUUCGACCGACAUCUCUUUAAUCAUCAUGAUGCUGGAGCUGAAGCCGGGAUCCGUGGUGUGUGAAUCAGGUACCGGAAGUGGUUCCCUCUCCCACGCUAUAAUCCGGACCAUCUCUCCUACGGGGCAUCUGUACACCGUGGAGUUUCAUCAGCAGAGAGCAGAGAAAGCCACCAAGGAGUUUCAAGAGCACCAGGUGGACCAUUUGGUGACUGUGAAGAACCAGGAUGUCUGCAAGACGGGGUUUGGAGUCGCUGACGUUGCUGAUGCAGUGUUUCUGGAUAUUCCGUCGCCGUGGGAAGCGAUCAGGCAUGCCAAAUCGGCGUUGAAACGAGAAGGGGGACGCAUCUGUUCCUUUUCUCCUUGCAUCGAACAAGUUCAGCGGACCUGCCUGGCUUUGGAAGAGCAUGACUUUACGGAAAUUAACACUGUGGAGAUUCUGCUCAGAGUGUACAACGUCAGGACAAUUAGCUUGCAAAUCCCUGACCUUGGUAAAGCAGCCGGGGAUAAUGCAAGUGCAGACUCGGACGGAGGCGGCCGAUCGAACCCAGAUGGCUCCCGCGCUAAUCUGCAGCAGGGGACCGUGCAGUUUAAAAGCGGCGUCCCGCCCCGCGAGAUGGUGGCUCACACUGGAUAUUUGAGCUUUGCUACCAAAAGCCUAUUUUAGUUACAGACGUAAAGAAGGGCCUCCGCAUCACUCCCUUCUCCAC